AUGAGGUCAGGGCAGAGAGAGCUCCCCCAACACCCCUGGCUGCUUUUGGCAUUGCUCUUUCUGGAGGCUGUGGGCGAUGACUUACUCUUUGAUCCGGACUGGGGCUUUGACUCCUAUGAAAUCACCAUUCCCAAAAAACUAAGCUUUAGGAGAGGGGAGGUUGGUGUGGACAAUACCUUGUCAUACCUCCUACAGAUAGAAGGCAAGGAGCAUAUCAUUCGCCUGCAGCCCAAGAAAUUACUGUUGCCCAGACAUCUCCCGGUUUUCUCCUUCAGUCAAGAGGGCAGUCGGCUAGAGGAUUACCCGUACAUACCCAAAGAGUGCAAUUACGUGGGCUAUGUGGACGGCUCUCAGGACUCCGAAUCGACUCUGAGUACGUGCAUGGGGGGUCUGCGAGGCAUCUUGAGCAUAGACUCCAGAUACUACCAAAUCGAGCCACUCCUGGCCUCCUCCACUUUUGAACAUGUUGUGUAUCUUCUCAGUGAGGACGACUUGAGCAAUCAGACUUGUGGUAGGGUUGAUGAAGAAGCAGGUGGGCAAACCACCCAGGAAGAGGAGAUGCCGAGGAUAAGCAGCUUCCAUCAGUCUUAUAUGCACCAAAAGUACUUGGAACUGUUCAUGAUCUUUGAUGCACAAAGAGUCUAUCUGUUAAACGGCAAUCUCUCUAUGGUGACUAAUGAUGCCAUCCUGCUAACUGCAAUUAUAGACACCUACUUUCAGGAUGUCAGGGUGAGGAUCCAUCUAAACCUGGUUGAAGCCUGGACGACUCAUAACAGAAUACGUGUUCACUAUGACGAGUUAUCUGAAGCUUUAGGUCAAUUUAUACUGUACAAAGCAGGCACAUUGGAUAGUAAGUAUCACUUUGAUUGGGUACAUUUAUAUAUUGCAAAGAGAUACAUAGAUGCUCUGGCAUGGUCCUGGGGAAGAGUAUGUGGUGUAUUUUCUGGAUCAGCAAGCACCUUCCUCAAUAAAAAUGUCCUUGGACCUGCUACUUGGACCGCUCAUGAGCUGGGCCAUUCCGUGGGCAUGCUUCACGAUGAUGAGUUCUGUCAAUGCAGAGGCAGGAAGAACUGCAUCAUGGGCACAGGACGGACAGGGUUUAGUAACUGUAGUUAUAAUUACUUCGUCUCAAGUGUUUAUCAUACCACGUCCCGUUGUCUAGCUAACCUACCAGGGCAAGUUUAUAUGGUUAAGAGAUGUGGAAACAAAAUUGUGGAAGACAAAGAGGAAUGUGACUGUGGUUCCAAGGAGGACUGCCAAAAAGACCUGUGCUGUGGGCCAGACUGCAAAUGGAGAGAAGGCGUCAACUGCUCCACUGGUCUCUGUUGUCAUAAGUGUAACUUUCUUCCAUCGGGACAUCUGUGUAGGCAGGAAGAAAAUGAAUGUGACCUCGCAGAGUACUGUGAUGGGCUAUCAGGUUUUUGCCCGGAGGACACUUACAAGCAAGAUGGAACUCCCUGCAAAUAUAAAGGCGUCUGUUUCCGUAAGGGAUGCAGAUCCAGGUACAUGCAGUGCCAGGCCAUUUUUGGACCCUCUGCCAGGGAGGCUCCUCAACAGUGUUACGAUGCAGUUAAUAUGGUAGGCGAUCAGUAUGGUCAUUGUGGCAUUAUAAAUUUUACUCGAUUUCAAAGGUGCAGUAGGUCCAGCACAAUAUGUGGCAGGCUGCAGUGUAUAAAUGUUAAAACCAUCCCCAAUUUGCCAGACCACACUAUCAUACUGUCCACGUAUCUGAAGGCAGAUAACCUCAUGUGCUGGGGCACAGGCUAUCAUGGAGACAUGAUAACCAAUGGGGUGCAUGAUAUAGGUAUGGUUACCGAUGGGACGCACUGUGGCCCCAACCGAGUGUGUGUCAACAGUACCUGUAUUGACUCUACCAUCCUGAAUUUUGACUGUUUGCCCGACAAGUGCAAUAACCGAGGUUUUUGCAACAAUAAAAAGAACUGUCAUUGCAUGUAUGGCUGGCAACCCCCAUUCUGUGAAGAGGUAGGAUUCGGUGGGAGCAUUGACAGUGGGCCCCCUGGACUCAAGACAGAGGAUAUGCCCCUACCAGUUCGAGUUGUGUAUGUUAUAUUGCUGCGUGUUAUUUUGUUCAUCGUCUCGGUGAUCGUUGUGUUUUUUAGGCAGCUGAUAAAAAAAUGGUUUCUUUCUCACAGCAUCAUUGGUGCUAGCAUCUGUACCUGUGCGUCUGUGCACCUGCUGCAUGAUCCUUUGUGA